GGCUGCGCUCCGCGAGGGCGGCCGGGCGUCCCUCUGCUGGCUCAGUCCGGGCUCCGGGCCCCGCGGCGGCGGCGGCACCAUGUUCCUCCACUCGGUCAACCUCUGGAACCUGGCGUUUUACGCCCUCAUGGUCUUCAUGGCCACCCUGGGGCUGUGGGACGUCUUCUUCGGCUUCGAGGAGAACAAGUGCAGUAUGAGCUACAUGUUUGAGUACCCGGAGUAUCAGAAAAUAGAACUUCCAAAGAAACUGGCAAAACGCUAUCCUGCAUAUGAAUUAUAUCUUUACGGAGAAGGAUCCUAUGCUGAAGAACACAAAAGUCUCCCUUUGACAGGUAUUCCAGUUCUCUUUCUUCCGGGUAACGCUGGAAGUUAUAAGCAAGUUCGUUCUAUUGGCUCUAUUGCACUUAGAAAAGCAGAAGACAUUGACUUCAAGUACCACUUCGACUUCUUUAGUGUGAAUUUCAAUGAAGAAUUGGUGGCACUGUAUGGGGGAAGUCUUCAGAAGCAGACCAAGUUUGUACAUGAGUGCAUUAAAACAAUUCUCAAGCUCUAUAAGGGUCAAGAAUUUGCUCCAAAAAGUGUGGCAAUAAUUGGUCAUUCUAUGGGCGGCCUUGUUGCAAGAGCAUUGCUUACACUAAAAAAUUUUAAACAAGAUCUGAUAAAUCUCCUUAUUACACAAGCCACACCUCAUGUUGCUCCUGUGAUGCCAUUAGAUCGUUUUAUUACGGAUUUUUAUAUGACUGUAAACAAUUAUUGGAUUCUAAAUGCUAGACACAUAAAUUUGACCACGCUUUCUGUAGCUGGAGGAUUCCGGGAUUACCAAGUUCGUUCAGGACUGACUUUUCUGCCAAAAUUAAGCCAUCAUACCAGUGCCUUAUCUGUUGUGAGUUCAGCAGUGCCUAAGACCUGGGUCUCAACUGACCACCUCUCCAUCGUGUGGUGUAAACAGUUGCAAUUGACUACAAUUCGAGCGUUCUUUGAUCUUAUUGAUGCUGAUACUAAACAAAUAACUCAAAAUCCGAAGAAGAAAUUGUCAGUAUUGAAUCACCACUUUAUAAGACACCCAGCAAAACACUUUGAGGAAAACCCAGCAAUAAUUUCUGACUUAACAGGAACAUCUAUGUGGGUUCCAGUAAAAGUGUCCAAAUGGACGUAUGUGGCUUACAACGAGUCUGAUAAGAUCUAUUUUACAUUUCCUCUUGCAAAUCAUAGAAAAAUCUACACUCAUGUUUAUUGUCAGAGCACCAUGCUGGAUACAAAUAGUUGGAUUUUUGGCUGCAUAAACAGCACGUCUAUGUGCCGGCAAGGAGUUGAUCUAUCAUGGAAAGCUGAACUACUGCCAACAAUUAAGUCUCUGACGUUAAGACUUCAAGACUAUCCAUCUUUGUCUCAUCUUGUUGUUUAUGUACCAUCUAUUCAUGGAAGUAAGUUUGUUGUAGAUUGCGAAUUCUUUAAAAAAGAGACGAGAUCCAUACAGCUGCCUGUAACUCAUCUGUUUUCCUUUGGAUUGUCAUCAAGGAAAGUAAUAUUAAAUACAAGCGGCCUGUUCUAUAAUAUAGAGCUCCUGAACUUUGGACAGAUAUACCAAGCUUUUAAAAUCAACGUAGUAAGCAAGUGCUCAAGUGUCAAAGAAGAAAUAACUAGUAUCUAUAAACUUCAUAUUCCCUGGUCUUAUGAAGAUUCACUAACCAUUGCACAGGCACCGUCCUCCACAGAAAUUUCUCUGAAACUGCAUAUUGCUCAACCAGAAAAUGAUAGCCAUGUAGCAUUAUUAAAAAUGUACACAUCAUCAGACUGUCAGUAUGAGGUGACGGUUAAGACUUCCUUUUCACAAAUACUUGGACAGGUGGUUCGAUUUCAUGGUGGAGCUCUUCCAGCAUAUGUCAUAUCUAGUAUCCUUCUUGCCUAUGGAGGACAGUUAUACUCUCUUUUCUCAACAGGUCAUUGCUUAGAAUAUGCUGCUAUGUUGGAUAAAGAAGCCAAACCAUACAAAGUUGAUCCUUUUGUAAUUAUGAUUAAGUUUCUGUUGGGGUAUAAAUGGUUUAAAGAAUUAUGGGAUGUAUUGUUGUUACCAGAAUUGGAUGCCAUCGUUUUAACUAGUCAGAGUAUGUGCUUCCCUCUUGUGUCCUUGAUUCUCUUUCUGUUUGGAACAUGUACUGCCUACUGGGGUGGCCUCCUCUCGUCCACAUCUGUGAGACUCCUUUCUUCCUUGUGGCUAGCUUUGAAAAGGCCCUCUGAACUUCCUAAAGAUAUCAAGAUGAUAUCGGCAGACUUGCCCUUUUUAACAGUUGUUUUGAUCAUAGUUAGUUGGACGACUUGUGGAGCGUUUGCCAUACUGCUUACUUAUCUUUACUAUGUGUUUAAGAUUGUUCAUCUGCAAGCCAGCCUAACUUCUUAUAAAAAUAGCCAGACUGUGAAUCCCAAACACUCUAGAAGAAGUGAAAAGAAGUGCAGUCAGCAUAAAGACUCUGCAGCGCACCAUCGUCGUUUAUCUGUCGGCGACGCUGAGGACAGCAUCCGCAUGCACAGUACUGUGAUCAACCUGCUCACGUGGGUUGUGUUACUCAGCAUGCCGUCUUUAAUUUAUUGGUUAAAGAAUCUUAGAUAUUACUUUAAACUUAAUCCUGAUCCAUGUAAACCUUUGGCAUUUAUCCUUAUUCCAACUAUGGCAAUUCUUGGAAAUACUUACACUGUUUCAAUAAAAUCAAGUAAAUUGUUGAAGACUACGUCACAAUUUCCACUUCCUCUGGCUGUUGGUGUGAUUGCUUUUGGGUCAGCACAUUUAUACAGGGUUCCCUGCUUUGUCUUCAUUCCUCUUUUACUCCAUGCGUUAUGCAACUUUAUGUAAGAUUGGAUUUAAGGAAUGAUAAAGAUGAUUUAUGCCUUUAGGGCCAGUAAUAAGAGGGAACGCACAGAUCCAUCAAUGUGGACAGCAAGAUCUUUUGGAGAAGACAAGUCUAUUUUUACAAUAUUGGAAAUAGGAAAUUAGUUUUGUAAUGCUUGAGGAAAGUAGUUGAAGCAUGGUUUUGUUUUGUGGUAUGGCAUCUGUGUACAAGUCAUUUUGGAAAAUUUAGUAAAAGGAUGCAGUGGCCGCUCUCUGAGGACACCUCUGCAUAUCAGCUUGUCUGCUCGAUUGGCCAUACCAGGGAUCUUCUCCUAAAUGCUCAGUAAAUGUAGCAUUGCUUGUAAUUUCACCUCAGGCAUUCUGCUCAUUUCAUCAAACAUUGUUCUGAAAAGUGGGUUACUUUGUAUUUGCUACAGUAUACUUAUUCUGAAAUACAUCUUAAAAGAUUGAUGAAAUUCACAACUGUUUGGUUUCUCAAAAAUGAAAUAGCCACUACGAGUCUUUGGCAGCCUCAGUGAACAAAGUAGAUCUUUUUUCUUCUUACAUCUAUGAAAAUAUAACCUUUAAUUCUAAGCAGAAAUGUUUUCUUGAUAACAGUACAAGAUUGAUGGACGGAAACAUAAUUCAAAUUCAAAACUUAAUGAAAUUUUCUUAUUACUUUUCAAAUAUAAAUCUUAUUUUGUCCUUGGUGAAUAUCAGGAGACUAUUAAAGAGAUUUAUUGUUAAAGAAAAUUCUUAUAAAUAUUUACCUACUGUCAUUGAGCAGUUCAGUUGUUCAGUCUAUAUCAUUUUACUUAAUUCAUUGACCCCCGUGGCUUACAAAAGUGCCUCAGGUCAUGAUGGAUUGUUAAAAUAACUAAAUUCUGGUGGUCAGGAAAAACUCUAGGUAUGUACAGUUUUUGUCUGCUGUGGAAAAUAACAUGAUCAAGUGCAAUACCACCUUUGAUGUAUAAAAUUAUACAAUAAAUAGAAUAAAUAUAAACAUAAAUUGGAGGCUUAGCCACUAAGUGGAAUCUUAAUUUGCCGUGGUGAUUACUGUUUGGCAGAUAAGAGUAAUGUUUCUAUUUCAUUUGAGAUUUCAGCUCAGCUUUAGCUACAAAAGAGUAGCAAGUAGGUAAUGGAGCUAGGCAGCUUUGCCUUAAACUAGCAUAAACUCAGGCUGAGGCAUACCUGGCUCAUGAAGUCCUUCCUUUAGAUGUGGAUGCUGUAAAUACCCAAACCUCCAAAUCAAAGUCCUUGAGUCCCAGUAAUUCUGCAUUUGCACCUGUAAACUUGUAUCCUUGUUAGUGCCCAGGAUGUCCUAGAGUACCAGGUUCCUUCUAUCUGCCACUGCAUCUGGAUUCCUUUACAACCUCUCAGCUGUUACUGUCUGUAGAGGGUUGCCCCACUUCUCUUCUCAGUCGUUCCUUAGGUCCUUGCUGUUUUGGCAUCAGUUGAAGACGUUCUUGCUGUCAUCUCUGAGGGUUUAAGUUUGUUUGAUUUCCUUGUCAUCUUUCCCAACUUCCUGCCUGUUGUUCAGUAUUCAUGCUUUCACUUACUGAGACAUUAAAGGGAAGUAGUAACCUCAUACUAGAUAUGGCAGACAUACCAGGCUCUUGUUUGUUUGAGGGACGUAGCAAAAGGGAUAAAAUACAAAAUGAUCGUGUGUUCAGUAUCUAAAAGGAAAGAGAAUUUAUUAGAUUAUAGACUUAUCCCAUGGCAUACCACAUAUAUAUUUAAAUAAGGACGCGUCUGCCUGUGUUUAGCUAUGCAUAUACUCAUAAACAACUUUUGUACAUGUGGUAUCUUUUGUUUUUUCCGUGAUAUUAUAGUUGUAUUUCAAAUUACAGGUUAAAUGUGUCAUUCAGCUCUUUCUGAAUUUGAAUUUAGGUCUGUAUACAGAAAGAACUUUAGAAAAUUCAUUAAUUUGGAUCUUCUAUUGACAGCCAUAAUCAUUGUGUUUAUGUGAUCUAAAGUCUCAUUAUUUAGUCAGUAUUGCUCAUGAAUAAAAUGUAACAAGCUUAAAUUUCUCAUUUGUGAAUAAUACAUUAGCUUUUAAAAGCAGCAGACUAGACACACUAGUUCUAUAUUUUCAUGAGUGUAGUUAACAUCAAGUCCUAAAGUCUUAUUUAUUCCAACAAAAUAUUUCAUUUUAGGACUGUAAAACAGAUUCUAAUUAAACAUUUUAGAAGCAACAGUAGGUUGGAUCUUUAGCCAUCAUAUGCAUAUAGAUAUAUAAAGGCAUGUAUGUAUACUUACAUUUUGACGGGGUCUUCAUCAGGUCCUGACGCACUUUAAACCCAGAUAACCACCAGAGAUGAGAAGGUAGGCUCUGUCUGAAGAUGAGCCAAACUAAUGUUUCUGUCACUUGAGAAAAGGAAAAGUCCUUUUGCCUUUAAAUUACACAUUGUUUCUGUCAUGCUUACAACCUAUAUUAUUAGCUGCUAAAACAGCACAGGUUUAUUAGCAAUGUUACUAAAAAUGAAAUUGUUUAUUGGUAGUUAGGAUUAUCUAGUUCAGCAGACUUCUGAGCUCUACUGUUACAACAUUUUUAUUUAGAAUUUGUUGAGUUUUGAGUAAGUUUUGUGCUUAUAGAAGUUACUCCUGGGCCCUGUUGUUGAUAACUGGAUCAAGCGUAGACUGGGCAGAAAAACAGUGAGUGCUUUCAGUGUUUCUGAAGCCCCCUGCUCUGGAGUCACGACUCUUAUAAUUUGGAACUGAUAAUAUGAUAGAAAUCAUUAAUACUCGUUUUUCUAGAUCCUUUUUGUCCCGGAAAUUAAACAGGUUCUGCUAACUCUUUUCUUGGUUGUUACCAGAGUGAAAAUAUUCAAAAUAGCAGUCCUAGAAAAGCCAUUUGUGCCUGGUUAACAUUGAUUUUGGAUCUCUCAAUGUAUAUUGAUCAUGUAUUGAUUAAUUUUUUUUAUUAUUUUGGUUAGAUGAAUUCAGAUGUAUGUAAUGGAUACCUUUUCUUGAUUGAACUACAGUGUGAUGUCUACAGGAGUAUACAGUAAGGAAAAAGAAAUAACUAUCGUAGGCCUAGCAAAUGUUUGUUGUUGAUGAUCCUGUCACUCAUGCAGGUGGUGUGCGUUUCCACCACACACAUGCUUAUAUGGUGCAGAUUACGUGAUUUGUUCAUUAUCUAGUUCCUGUGCUUUUCUUAACUCUUCAGACUUUCCGUUUAUAGCCUACUUUGUUCAUUUCACCUCAUUGCUCAUUAGCACCUCUUCCAGAAGGUGAUCAAGGGAAGUAAAAGGAGAGAAAGCUCAAUUUUCAGUUUAGUUCUUGAAAGCUCUGGUGAGAAUGAGGGAAAAACAAAGAUUAUGAGAUAAACUAGGGCUGUUGAUUCCUGAAUCCCAGAUAAUUCAGUUGGCCUGUAUUUUCAUCUUAGGCAUUAAGUCUAAAUUAGUAUAAUGUCUUGCUUUAUUGUGAGGUUUAAUGCAAAACUUUACAGUGCUGAAUUUGCAAUUUUAGUAACUCGUUAUUAAAAUCAGUUGAGAAAAAUCAAAAAAAUGUGUUGGGACCUUCUAUGACUAGGCAUUUGUUGGUUAUUUUUCAUCAUCACUUUUUGUUUUCUCAGUGUUUUAGAUUUAUAUAGCUGCACAUAUAUAUCAGAGGAAACAAGAUAUCUUGUGAAGUUUUUUGGGGAAAGUCAAUUUGGAGAGCAUGACACUCCCCAGGGUAAAGGAAGCAAUAAAAAUAUCUUUGUGUUAUAAAAUUAGACCCUGGCAGAAAACUUCCUUGCCACAUAAGGUAAAUGUAUAAGAUAGUUUUACAAAAUAGUAAGAUGAUUGGGAGCUGAAACUUUAUCCCAGUCUUUUUGAACAAAGGACAACAUUUCAAGUUCUGUGAAGGACUUUUAUUUAUACAUAUUACUCAUGCAUUCUUUCACAGUAGGUUUUAACAGGCUGAGGAAACAGAAAGUCUGUGAGGCUGCUUGUGUUCUUUGCUUUUAAUAAGGAUGAUAGGAGGGAAAAGUCAGGUCGGUACUCCAAAUCCGGAUAUGUGUACUGUAAAUGCUCAAGAGUUCACUUUUUUUUUGGAUAAAUUAUAUUAUGAAUACAAAUGACUGAAUUUUGUAUAUUAACUUAGUUUUAAGAAUGAAAUAAAAUUUAGAAGUAGUGA